AUGGCCGGCGCACCCAACUCCUCACAACCGCACUACGAGGUCUCCGAGCCCGUCACCCCAGCAGGUAGCAGUUCCAGAAGAAAAGAGGAAUACGAAAAGGUCAUGGCCAGGCUGUCAGACCAGUCGUUCAACCCGAAAAGGUAUCCUGAUCCGCUGGUGGCUCGGCAGGGCAUCGAUCCACAGCUCUAUCCGCAAGGCGUAACGCUGGAGAUGGAGAAGAGGUGGUUGGCGAGGAUCAAGGCCGUCAAGGAGGGUAGCCAGUAA